GAGCAUCCACAAAUUUGAUGAAAAUACAGAAAAAUUUAAAGUUCUAGCAAAAAUCAAGAGUGACAAUAUCAGCAGUGAAUACCGAGAGUGUAGACUCCGAGAGAAAUCAAAACCAAUUAACCUCACUGACAAUUUUCUUGAUCAUUCGAUAUGCUGCACAUAUGAUGUCUAAAACACAGACAUCUUACCUGCACAGCAACCCACAUAUGAAUUCAAAUAUCAAACAUGACAAAUUGUCAUAAAAUGUCAUAAGAGCCAGUGCAAUAAUGGAAGUCAAAAUAUUAGAUCAGCAUCAUUUAAUAUCGAGAAAAGUUGACCAAAUACAAUCAAAAAAACAAUUGGAAAUUUUGUCAAGUUUCUUGCCAGAUGAGAUAAUGAACAAAACUCCAAAGAAUGUCGAAUUAUACAAUUACGAUGGGGUUGUACUUCUCAUUGAUAUUUCGGAUGUCUAUAUUUUAUCCAGAAUCAAUACGAAAAUAGCACAAGAAGGCAUUUCUAUCGUCGACGCAACGCUGAAUGCUUAUCUCAGUGUUAUUGUGGAGGCUGUUCACUUUUAUGAAGGCGAUAUACAAAAAUUUGUUCCCGAUCAUAUGGUAAUUGUAUGGAAAUUGAAUCAGGAGCUUCGACUUCACAAACUUAUAGAUUCAGCUAUCAUAUGUGCUCUUAACAUACAAAGAGUUGUUGAAAAUUUGGACAGAGGAAUUGGAAUAAAUUUUCGUAUAAAACAAGUUGUGUCUUGCGGCAAUAUAAGUUUUGGCAUCAUUGGUGAUAAUAUAUCGAAGAACUGGGUUCUUAUUGGAGAUCUGGUGCAAGAUUGUCGGUCAGCAUUAUCAAGUUCAAAACCAAACGAAAUUAUUGUUACACGAAAUGCUUGGGGACACCUCGAUGACGAUAGAUAUGUAGUUAAUUUCACAUCAGAAGGAUAUAUACAGAUAAUCGACCGCAUAUUCCACAUUUCGGAUAGAAAAAAACAAGCAAAACAAGAACUAACAGAUUUAAUGAAUAUAUGCAUGUAUCAUCUUGAAACGAGAAACAAUGUUAUCAGAGAAUCGAAGCAGAAUGACAAAAUUUUACGACAAAUUGUUCAGAAAGAAAAUUUUCUGAAUAACAUAAAACCAAGAAUUGCACUUGAAGCGACUUUCAACACUACUUCAAUGAAGGAAAUAGAAGCUUUCAUUUUAAAACCCAUCAAAGAUAAAGUCAAGGAACAUCAACCUAUAGAAUAUUUAUCUGAAGUUUGUGAAGCGACCACUGUAUUGAUAUUUUUGACACCCAGGCAAUGCGGUGAGGAUGAGUGGUUCAACUUGAUUAAUGAAGCAUACUGUAAGAUUUAUGAAACGGUUGUGAAGAAAUACGGUUGUAUAGUGAGAAUACAGACGCUAUAUAACAAAACCGUAGUAUUUCAAGUAGUAUUUGGACUUCAGGGUUUUGAUGAUGAAAAUGUUCAUGAAAACGUUUUGAAAACAGCAAGUAACAUUAUGGAACAAUUGAAAAAAUCAAAAUACCAAACAAAUAUUAACAUCAAAAUUUUCAAUGAUUUAGUUCACUGCUCUGUUCUAGGACAUCCUUUCAGGAAAGGUUACUUUGUAAUUGGAAAAAAAUUCAGCUCAGAACCCGAAUCUACAUUUUACAAAAUCUUCUGUGAUUUCAAAACAUACGAAUGCUCACGAUUGCCAUCCAACUGCUUCCGAGAACGGUUCAAUAAAGAACACAAUUUAGAGUACGAUGACAUAUAUUUCGAAUAUAACGAGAGCUUUAAGAAUUUGGACAUCAAAAUAAGCGAAAAAAUUCAUGUCAUCGGAAGAGAUCAAGAACUAGCAUUUAUUCGGAAUAUAAUUUUUGGUCCAAGAAUAACUGAUGAUUUCCUUGCAGUGGUUGUGAAAGGUCAAUGUAAAAGUGGGAAAUCUGCUAUUCUACGUAAGAUAAUAGCAGAGUGUGAAGAAAAGCAUUGUCGUUUGGCUUUUGUCAAUUUAUGUGGAGGAAAAUCCAAACCUUAUUUUUGUGUAUCAGCCAUUUAUAGCCAACUGCUUGAUAUUAUUAAUAGUACUUCAAAGGCCUCUUCAACAGGGUUAUUUUCCAAGAAGUUAUGGCAUUUUGAAGAGGCGCUACAACUACAAAAAUCUUCUUUUUCGGAAGAUAUUCAUCAGAGCAUGAGAAUAUUUGAAAAUUUUUUUCAAGUUUGUAAGGAAAAUGUACCAUUUUCAGUUAUUGUUAUCGAUAAUAUUCAAAAUAUCGACAUGAAAAGCCUUCAACUACUCGAAGAUAUGUUAAAAUUGAAAGCAAUCAGACUGGUUAGCGCUGGACUUUUUGAAGAAGACAAAUUACACAUUCUCUGGAAGUUUUCGCUAAGCAAUCAAUUCAAAAUUAUGGACUUGGAACCGCUCGCAGAUGAGUUCAUACCUGAAUUAAUAUGUCAUUUUCUUAAUGUUCGUGGAGUCAUGAAAAAGAUCGUAAAUUUAAUUAAAAAAGUUUGUGAAGGAAAACCUGGUUGGGUUAAAACAUGUCUUCUGCAAUUGUUGAAAAAAGACAUGCAAAUAACUAGUACACCAUUCAGGACAUCUUUAGAGGAUAUUUUCGUUAUUCCAUACAAUGAAAAGAUUCUUCGAGAAAACGGAACUUGCAUACGAUUAGCAAUAAUUGGAGAUUUUCAUAAAAAGAAUCUAAUAGAUAUGUCGCCAAAUGCCCUCACUUUGAAUUUUUUCAAAUCAUUUCCUUCAUAUCAACAAAUAAUUAUCAAAACUGCUGCGGUAAUAGGAGAUAUUUUCACGCGAUCCCUGCUUGUUGUUAUACUAAAACUGCCAAACAAUAAUUUUUUCACAUAUGCUAUGAAAUGUUUGUUUGAUGAGCGAAUUUUCGAAUGUGGAUCUAAAUAUUUUAUAAAUAACUCUAAAGUAAUCUCUAAUGAACUGUCUUGUGUUUGUCAUAUGAAACAUGAAGAGCAAUCUUUAUUUAGAGACUUCCCAAAGUACGCAUUUUGCAAAAUACUUCAUUUCCGUAACAGAAUACUUCGAAAAAUAGCCUACGAGCUCUUAUCAGCCAGUCAGAAGAAAGAUUUACAUUUAAAAAUAACCGAAUUUUUAGAGUAUGAAAAUGCAUUAUGCUCCCAGUGUUCACAGCAUAGAUCAUCGGCAAUAGUCAAAAUAAAAAAAUAUAAGGAUAUGAUUGUUUUAGUUGAACCUGAAGAAUCACAAUGUGCAUCACGAUUCAAUAUAGAGGUCAUCAAAACCGUUAUAAGAAAAGAAAUUACACAAUCAAUAAAAGAAGAAAAUCAAGAAAUUGAAACUUUCAGUCCUAAUAUAUCUUCAGUAAGAAAUUCAUGGAAUAGAACAAACUGCUUUUGCCUAGAAAUUAUGACUAGAAUAUAUAGUGAUCUUGUUCAUCAUAGUCAGAGAGCUGAUCACUUGGCUAAACAGAUUUUCUUCAUGUACCAGUAUGGUUCAAUACUAAUACUCACUGGUGAAUUGGAAGAUGCCAUAAUGUUACUGAAGGAGGCUUCUCAACUAUGUAUCUUAAGCGAUCUUGAAAAAUAUCAUAUUUCAGUGGAGUACUCCAAAUUUAUAUUUUCAAGGAUUGUAACAGCAAUCGCCGAAGCAUAUUAUCAUUUGGACAAUUUCAAAGCAGCAAAAAAUUAUAUUCUGUUAUGUUUCAGGCAACAAGACAUUCCAAUUAUAUCAUUGGAAUAUAAAUUCUGCUUCAAGCUUCUGAAGAGUAAUUCAAAAACUAUCCUUGAUUAUUUUUCGAUACAGCAAAGUGAAGGUUUUGAAGAGUAUGUAGGUCAAUCUCUAGCUAUAUUAAUGAGGAUAUUGGUAGCAGAAAACCAAUGGAAUCUUGCUUUAUCAGUGGCUGAAAGGAGCAUUAAUCUUCUGCAAAAGGAAAAUAUUAACGUUACUCUGUUGUGUGAUGUUUAUAGCAGUGCGUUGGAUAUUUGUAGCAUACAUGGUGAUAUACACACCUGUGAACAAUUGGAAAAAUGUGUGAUCUCAGUUUUAUUACAACUAUACUCAGCAGAUGAAAGCAUGGAAAUUUUUUCUAUCAUGAAAUUAAUGAGUACUCUAUUUGUGAUAAAAACUAAAAAUGAUACAAUACAAAAUGCAAUAAGAGUAGGGUACAGAUUAUACCACCUAAAUUACGUUUUACAAGCUGAAAUAUUCCAGAUAGAAACUGUCUCUAUUUUGACAGAUUUACUGGUGUCUGUGAAACGCAUAGAAGAUGCAGUACAUGCAACAUUAGUUACUAGAAAAAUGACAAAAAAUACAUUUCACGAUGGAGAUUUGCUCUAUUUCACAUUUUGCAUAGACCUUAUUUUGGACAGCAGCUUUUAUAAGGAAAAAGUACAAGCAAUCGAAAAUUUUGCAGAAAAGAUCUAUUCUGAGAAUAUGAACCAUAUAGAAAAUACCUUGGGUCGUAAUUAUUUAAUAACUUGUUUACUUACAUACUUCUCAAGAACAAAUAAUUGGAAUAGAGUCGAAAAAUGGAUAAUUUUUCACAAAAUUCCAAAAAAUGAGAAAAACGAUUAUAUUCAUGUAAAAUUUAAACUCCGUUACCUGGAGUUUCUCUUGCUCAAAUUUGUGAAGAAAAUGAGCUAUGAGAAAGUAGUUCCAGAGGAGGAUUUGGCUGAAAUUCAAAAAUUGAUAACAGAAUGUACACUUCUAGGAAAACACUGGAAAUGUUUCCUUCCUAAAUGUUUUGUUUAUCAAGGUUAUUUUUACAAAUUGAAGAAAAAAUUGAAAUACAAAAGAUUCCUGAAGCUUGGUUCAAAAGAAGCACAGCAAAAUGGCAAUUAUAAAAUUCAAUGCUGGAUUGAUUUGAUUGAUAACUAUUGGAAAAUGAGUCAUUGCAAUUUUAUUAUAUCUGAAUUUCCUUUUGUAUUUUGGAAUAAAGCAAGGAAUAUUAAUUUUGGAGCAUGGACACAAAUAAUGUACCCUCUUCCUCUACCUUGUUAAUAUGUUUUAUCUUUAUUCAGUUGUUUCUAAUCAAAAACAACAUUAGAUGUUAUAAUGUCAAUAGAAUUGCAAAUAUAAAAUAAGAAUUCAA